ACUCACUUCCAACCAUCCACUUCACUCCACUCUAUUCCACUCAAUUAACUAUCCAUCUAUCUACAAACCCAUCACCAUGAAGAUUCUCACCAAAGAAGAAGAAGAUGCCCACUACCGCUCCGUCCUCAAAGGCGGUACCAUCGGCGGUGUCCUCGGUCUCCUCGGCGGCGCGGCCGGCGUCAUGCUGGCCCAAAAACGUUUUUCCACCAUCCGCAAUCUCACCCUCCCCAUGAAAUCCUUCCUGGUGACCUCAUCCGGUACCUUCGUGGGUAUUAUCGCCGCCGACCACGCCUCCCGCGACUUCGAAGCCUCCCAGAAUGCCUCUCGCCAAUGGUACGAGAACCGGGAGGAGCGUCUCCGACAGGAACAGCUCGCGCAGUUGAGUUUCACGGAUCGCGCGUUGCAGUGGGCCCGCCGGGAGAAAUAUAAGAUUGUGGGCGCCACAUGGGUGGCGAGUAUGGUGGGCAGCUUUGCUCUCGUGUCGAGGAAUAAGCAUCUGAGUGGGAGUCAGAAGAUUGUACAGGCGAGAGUUUAUGCUCAGGGAUUGACGCUGGCGGUGUUGGUGGCGAGUGCGGCGUUUGAGAUCUCGGAGAGGAGGGCUAGGAGGGCAGGCUUGUUGGAGAAGGCCAAGGAGAAGAAGGAUGAGGGGGUGAAGAAGGUGCAGGAGGUGACGGAGGAGGUACAGGAGGGUCAUGAGACGGGAGACCUGUGGAAGGAUAUGGUUGCUGCGGAGGAGGAGAGGUUGAAGAAGAAGAAAAUGAGUCUGUCCGAGGCGGACUAUCAUGGGAAUCAUGCUCAUGAGGUGAAGGAUGCUCCUAAGGAGGAGAAGAAGGAGGAAAAGAAGGAGUAGAUGGGUUGUGCAGUGCUGUCCUUGUUCUGUUAUAGACGUGGUUGGGCGGGUCUUGAUCACUGGUCUCUGUGUUAUAUUUUGUUCUUGAUGGUUGGAUACACUCUUCUCUGGGGUAAUGUGUGGGAUUAGAUGAAAAGUGUUAGUUAUGAUUGAAUGUUGAGCUGUAUAUUUUGAUUAAGAUAAUAUCGCAUCUUAUCGACGAGGAUAAGUGGAGCUGUGGUCUGACCCUUUGACCCUGCAAGUGGAGCCAUGUGAUCGAAAGUAUAAUAUUUCUUUUUUAUAGUUUAAGCUUAUAUGCACCUCAUGCAUACAUAGGUGGUGAUCUUGUUUGCCGGGAUCCAUUAUCAAGUACAAUGCCACCAUCUGAAACCAC